AUGAACAAUCGUUCAAUCCCCUCGCAGAUCCAGUCCAGCUACCCGCCUACGAACACGUUCUACUUUCCUACAAGUCAGAUGAUUAGACCGCCCAUUGAUGAUCGAUGCUCCCAAGAUGCCUAUAAUCCACUGUAUGGAUUGAUGAAUCACUCAAGGUCAGCUGGAAUGUCUGAUCCUGGUAUAUACGUUCACUACCCGAUGCCACCUUCGGACCUUAGUCAGGCUGAUUAUUGGGGCGACCAAGGUAUGUCACCAUACUGGGACGGAGUACCAACUCAACAAGGCUCACAAGGCAUAUCCUCUUAUACGUACCCUCAAGAGACCUAUGGCGGAGAGCAAUCUUCUGAUGGUGACAUGAAAGAAGAGUUGAUUGAUGAACGGCUAGAGGAAACCAAUGGUAGCAGAUGGCCUGAUAUAGUUAAUCUGAUGCCUCAGAGGCAAGCCAUUGUGGAUGAAUUAGGAGAAGUGAAGGGUCUGCCUAUGAAAUUAAUGAAAUUGACUGAAAGCAACUAUGAUUGGAGGAAAGAACCUCACACUCGACCACCUUCACCAUCCGGAGAAGCUUAG